AUGGAUAAUUUAGGAUUUCAACGUAAUGCCUCAUUUGCUACUAUAUCUGGUGCAGAAGAAGAGGUUAUUCAAGCACAUAUUGAUACUGUCAAUGCCGCUGCUAAUGUUGUUAUGCCAUUUAGUGAAUGGCGUUCAAAAUUUCGUAAGCUUUGGAUUAAUUAUCAAUGGCGUAUGAGACAUUAUUUCUAUAUCCAUCUAUUUGUUUUCUUUUGUAAUACACUUAUAUGUGGUGCAAUUGUAUGGGGAAUUGAAGAAUAUAAGAUUCCAUACGUUGAUUGUUGGUUUGUUAGUGCAACAUGUGUAUUUACAUGUGGAUUACAAACAUAUGAUUUUGCAUUAUUAUCACGAUCAUCACAAAGUGUUUUACUUUUCUUUACAUGGAUAUCUGGUAUAACAGUUAGUACAAUUCCAGCUAUUAUUAUAAAAAUUUAUCGAGUUAAACAUGAAGUUAUACGUUCAGAAGAAGCUACAAGAACUGUUGAUAAUGAUAUAUUACCUAUAAAAAGACUUGUUCCAAAUGAAAGUAUUGACUCACAUGUAUAUGAUCGUAUUCAUUCAUUACCAAGUCCGAAUCGUCUUCGUAUAACAGCUUAUAUUUUAAUGAUUGUACUUAUUCUAUCAACUUGUUUAGUUAUUUAUUUCAUUUCAUUUCUAUCUAUGGGUAUUUGGCUUAAAUAUCAUUAUGAUCCAGAAGAAAUAUUACAAGCAAAUCAAACUAUGAAUCCAUUUUAUGCAGCAAUUGUUAUUACAAUAACUGGUUUUAAUCAAAAUGGUCUUUCACCUUGGACCGGUGGCAUUGCUUUGUUGGUUAAUGAUGUUUUUAUGAAUAUUUUUAUUAUGUUUGUUGUUAUGUCAGGUACUUCAUUAUUUCCUGCGAUAAUUCGUGGUGUUGUUAAUUUAUGCAAAUUGAUUGUAUGUUGGCGUUAUAAAAUCUAUUUUGAUUAUAUUUUACUAAAUAAUCAUCGUUUAUCUACGGUUAUUUUUCCAUCUAUUCAAACAAGACUUUAUGUUACAAUUACAGUUUUAUUACAAAUAUUGGGUGUUGUAGUUGCAUUAAUACUUGAUUAUAAUAAUAAAAAUUUAGCUGGAUAUGCAGGAGGAACACGAUUUAUGAUAUUUAUGCUUGAAACUGCUAAUACUCGUUUUGCAGGUUAUGCAACAACUGAUUUAAGUAUAUUAGCAUCAGGAACAUUAAUUAUAUUUGUUUUAUUAAUGGGUGUUAAACCUCAAAUGUUAUGUGCUAUAAAUGAAACUCCAUUUGAAAUGGAAUGGAUGUUAAUUCAAACACAACAAAAAUUAGAAGAUAAAGUCUCAAGUAAUACUCGACGUGGAAGUCUUCAAAUAUUUUUACCAUUUAAUCGUAUGAAACAUUAUUUAUCACGGCAAGGUUCAUUAACAAAAGCACAAGCAAAAAAAUAUUAUUCUUCUAUUGCAAGAUCAACUCAAGCUGAUCUUGCAGUAGAUCAAUUAAAUGAAGCACGUAUGCAACAUCGUAUGAGUAUAUUAUCAUUAGAUAUGUAUGAUGCAUCAAAAGAGAAUCAAAAUUUUAAUGCACGUAUAUCAUUUCUUCGUAUGAAACUUUUAUUAAUCAUUUUUUGUCGCCAUGCUGUUAUAAGUCUAUUCAGUUUAUUAAUCUCAACGCGUACAUGGUUAUUUCUAUUUAUUUUUCUUAUUUGUGCAUUUGAUUCAUAUCAUAUGGCACCAGUUGAUCCAAAAAUAACUGUAUUUCGUGUUAUAUUUGAAGUCAUAAGUGCAUUUGGUGGUUGUGGUUUAUCAAUGGGUCAUCCAGAUGUAACAUCAAGUUUUGCUACAGUACUUACAGUACCAAGUAAAAUUAUUCUUAUAUUAACAAUGUGUAUGGGUAGACAUCGAGGUUUACUUGAUUCAAUGAAAGAUCAAGAAGAAAUUGAAUAUAGUGCACAAACAUUAAUUGAUAGUUGGAAACAAUUGGCUCUAUUAGAACAAUUAGAGAAGAGAAAAUCUUUAGCAAAACGUCAAACAAGAUCGACUAUACCAGUAAUAACAAAUCAAUCACGUGAAACAAAACCAACUGUACCAGUAGUAACAAUCGAAACAACUCCACAACUUAUUACUAAAUUUUAA